UAACUCCUUCCAUUCUUUAUCAAUCGCUACUUUGGUGCCUUCUUUUUCUCAAUUAUUUUUUGUUUUCCCACCCUCGUCCCUCUCUUGUGCUUUUAAUGAACAGUCGCUGUGGUCAUCAAUUUACCGCCCAGUGAUUCUUCAAUGACGUGAAGUUGUAACCAAUAUAGGAAGCUAUUUUACAAUAAUUUUUACUUUCCGCCAUCUUGGAUACCUCCUUCCUCACUCUCGCUUAUAAACGACUUGGCACAAGAUUACGACCCAGUGUACCGUGAGACUUCCGCAUCCGGCCGGUCCCAAGCUGGUGCUCUGGAGUACCACCUUCUAUUCGAUCUCGCUUCUGGUGUCUUCCCAUUCCCUCGCUCAUAAAAAUUAAAAUUCACAUUCGCUAUCUACCGGAGGAGUUGAAGCCGGUAUUCAUAUCACGAAAAUGCAGUUCAAGGCGCUUCUGUCCGCUCUGCUGCUCGCCUUCUUGAGCGCACCACUAGUAACCGCGACUAAGCUGAUCGAAUCUAAUGCGCUUAACCUGUGCCAAGACAGUUCGAACUUCACAGCAACCCUUUUCAAAGUCACGUUCACACCGAACAACAGGUCGUUGGUCUUCAGUUUCGAUGGAGUCGCUGCAAUCUCGGGUAAAGUCAAGGCGGAAAUCGUCCUUGAUGCGUAUGGCUACACGGCGCUUAAAAAGGAACUUGACCCCUGUGAGAUGAACAUUGGGGGUCUAUGCCCUAUGAGUGCCGGGCCUAUCGAUGUCCCGAAGGCAUCGAUCGAUGUUCCGCAAGAUGUAGUGAACAGUAUCCCAGGCAUUGCAUACACAGUUCCCGAUCUUGAUGCUUCCGUCCGUAUUUAUAUCAACUCCACCGAUACUGGCGAAAGCAUCGCGUGUGUUGAGGCUUCUUUAUCAAAUGGCAAGACAGUUUACCAAAAAGGGGUCGGCUGGUCAACAGCUAUAAUCUCCGGGUUAGGUUUAGCUGCUUCUGCUAUUACUUCUGGCUUAGGACAUUCAAACACCGCCGCGCAUGUGGCGGCUAAUGCACUCUCACUUUUCAGCUUUAUGCAAUCCCAGGCGAUGAUCGGUAUGACAUCUGUUCAUAUGCCCCCGAUUGUUGAGGCAUGGACCCAAAACUUCCAGUGGAGUAUGGGUAUCAUCCAUAUUGGAUUCCUGGAAACUAUAUGUACCUGGUAUCAAAGAUCGACCGGAGGAACACCUUCAACGACCCUUUCCGAGCUUUCGACAACGUCUGUGCAAGUGCUCAAAAAGCGAACGCUCGACGAAGCCACGGGUUUAGUCAAGAAAGCAUCAGACAUAUUAAAGCGUUCCGGUGCUGAAUCCGAGACAGCCAACACAUCGAAUCUUGUUGUUCGCGGUAUUAAGCGAGUUGGGUUCAAGGCCGGGAUUGAGGCGACUAAUAUUUUCUUGACUGGUCUUAUCUUCUUCGUUUUCUUUGUGGCUGUGGUGAUGAUCCUCGUCUCACUUUUCAAGGCCGGCUGUGAGGUCCUUGCUAAGAACGGCAAGAUGAAGACCGAUAAGUUCCAGGAUUUCCGUAACGGUUGGAAGAUUGUCGCCCGCGGUAUUUUGUUCCGACUUACUUUAAUCGGUUUCCCUCAGAUGACUGUCCUCUGUUUGUGGGAAUUUACCCAGCAUGACUCUGCAGCUGAAGUUGUGUUAGCUGUGAUCAUGUUCUUUUCUAUUCUCGCCGCUCUGGGAUGGGCUGCCUUCAAGGUCAUCCUUUUGGCAAAACGUUCCAUCACCAUGCAUAAAAAUCCUGCAUACAUCCUCUACUCUGACCCUACAUGUCUGAACAAAUGGGGAUUCUUGUAUGUGCAAUACCGGGCGACUGCAUACUACUUUGUCAUUCCAGUUCUGGGCUACAUCCUUGUUAAAGGCAUGUUUAUUGGUCUGAGUCAAGAAGCACCGGUUGUGAUGACUGUUGCCUUGGUUAUUCUUGAGGCCGGUAUGUUGAUUGCCGUCAGUGUUCUGCGGCCAUGGAUGGACAAGAAGACCAACAUCUAUAAUAUCUCCAUCGCUGCCGUGAACUUCCUCAACGUCAUUUUCCUUCUCUUCUUCUCCGAAGUUUUCAACCAACCUGGCCUGGUAACAGGUGUCAUGGGCGUUGUCUUCUUCGUGAUCAAUGCCGUAUUCGCUCUGAUUCUCUUGCUCCUGGUGCUAAUCGCUUCUAUCUAUGCAAUUGUCUCGAAGAACCCGGAUAUGCGGUACCAGCCUAUGAGGGACGACCGUGGCUCUUUCAUCAAGUCUCAGGGCCAGCUAACGACUGAGUUGGAUGCCCUGGGUGCCGCUGCUCGUGGCGAUGUCAAGACUGGAUCCUACAAGUCUAGUCCAUUUGAAGAUGACAACGGUUCCUUCUCCAGCGGCAACGGAGCCAGUAUCAACCGUCAAAACCUCGAUGUGCACGGCCAUGAUCAACCGCCCAAUACUCGUCAAGCCCCUGUUUCUCCAGUUGAUCCUUCCUUGCCACUAUUCCCCAGCGACGCUUCAGGACGACAAGAGCCUCCCAGCUACAACGCGCGCUCACCGUCACCGGUGCCGCGGGGUUACACUGCUUCCCCGCUCAACAACCCCAACGCUUAUAGGGCACAGAACAACCCCAGUCCAUGGCAAAGAGGAGCUGGAUAUGAUCACUAAAGGAAUACAAUGAAUGUUUUAUCG